AGCCACACGGCCUUUUAUGGAUCAGUUUGGACACCCCUGCUCUACGGGAUAAGCGGCUACAGAUAAUGGAUGGAUGGAUGGAUGGAUAUAAUGAGCCUUGUAUAAAACGGGAAUAAUCGCUUCAAACAAACUCCGACACAAAAUCUUUUCGUGCCAAGUGAUACCACCCUCUAAUGAUUCAGCAAACACAUCUGACCAGUUUUUGCAGUUGAAUGAGGGUAGUGAUGUGGUUUUCUCGUCUGUCACUGCUUCCCCAAAUGGCCAACAGUUGAACACGAUUCUAAUCCUCAUUUGUAUUUGCAAACAAGAAAUAUUUAAAUAGUCUGCUCAUUCUCAAAAGCACCAUUAAAAACUAUAACAAUGGUCUAUUUCACAUUCUCUCAUAUAAUUAUACAGUAACAGGAAGCAUGAUCAGGAGCUGAAAACCCUCUUCAUGAUAAAGACUGGAUUUUACAGAAUUUUCAUGUCGUUAUUUAAAAAAAAAAGGCGGGAGAAAGAGAACACUCGCUAAACUAGUUUUCCAUGUGGGUGUGAGGAGCUGUUUACAGACACAACAUUUUAGCUGCAGGGAAUAACCGUGUGACAGAAAUGAGAAAGGACCACAGCAGACGUCUUCAGGAAUGAUAAAACAAGUUCUAAAAAGAUGACAAAGUUUCUUGUUUAGAAAAAAUACACUGAAAUUUUAUAUAAUCUGAAGUUACCCAAUUCCCUCCUGAACUUCCUGUACACAUCAUGCUGAGCCUCUUCUGAUGAGAGCUUCUUAUAUACAAAGUUGCUUUGUUAUUGAUUUAUGGUACAAAAUCACAUGGACAAGCUUCAGACUCCAUAAUGGAUCUGUGAAGGUUCUGUUUCAGAGCCAGAAUAUCAGUUUAUCUCAUCUCCUGCACUGUAAGGUGGAUGGCAUUCAGACUUAACAUCAUAAACCACAGAGUGUCAGGAAGAACAAGUUGGAACAAGCUGAAAGCAGAAGAUUGCUUUAACAAGAGUAUUAAUGUAAAACAGAACCUUCAGCUUUAUAUCUGCCUACACAGACAACUCCAGGUAUACUGACUCCUGUCCUAAUGUACAUCAGUCUGUUUGAUUAGGUGGGGGAGGGGAGGGAACAGAGUUCCCUGGAGCCAGUAUAAACCGUUUCCGACUGGGUGAACCCUAACACUGAUGAUGUCCCAGACGUCCUUGAGAAACGACAGCAAACAUGGCUGUGCUCUGAGUGGGAGGGGCUUAAGCUCUCUCACCCGUCUAUUACAGAGACGAUGGAAAAUCAUGGCUGUCUGUGAGCUCAUGUUUGUGGAAGAAAGCAGAUGGCACUUUCCUCUAAAUAUGUCAUGCAGCACCGUGAUGCAGCAGAAGUAGCAAUUUGAAAGGAUGUGCUUGGUUAGCUUCAUGUGUCUUGAAGCAUGCGUUAGCCUUCACCCUCCUGGUUUGUAGCUGUUGUAUGACAAGAGAGCUGACUGGUGGGUGGGAAUUGGCAUGUGAUCAAACUGGGAAGAAAACAUUUUCAAAACCCAACACACAAUAUCUUCAGGGGUAUUAGCUAACCAAGGAAUUGAAGUUAAGGCAAUCGACUGCGUGCUUUCAGUUUGCACAACUUCUCCAGGAACAUGACCUAAUUACAGAGACGAUAUACCGGAUAACCAGUCGAAAACAACACUUCCAUACCAUAAGUUAUUGCAUGAAUGGAAAAAAAAAAACAGUUAAAAUAUGUUGAAACAACUUUUUUAAAGUGUCACUGCCUCAAGUUGAUUCUUUUCCUCCAAGCUACUGAAAAACCACAAGGACAUAAAUGUCUCCUUCCAGAAAAGUUUACCAUAUUAAAAUCUUUCUGAUGUCACCAAAUGCUUUCAAGUCUGAGUUGUAAAAAAGUAAAAUGCUGUUCCUGUGAGUUUAAUGUAACAUCCAUUAUAUACGAUCAGCUUGAGAUAAAAUUCAGUUCCUAAAAAUUACAUGUACGUUUUUAAAACAGUGUUUUGCACCUCAUCUUUCACAUGAAGCUGCAGCUGACAAACACGACUUAGCCAUGGUUUAACGCAGCCUUUGGGGAUGUUUCAGUGGCACAUGUGCAGAACUUCAGAGUAAACAGGAAGUUUCGAUGGUCAGCUCGUGUAUACAUGCUAUAUAUAUAUAUAUAUAUAUAUAUAUAUAUAUAUAUAUAUAUGUGUGUGUGUGUGUGUGAGAGAAGUCUAAAGGAAGUGACCGAUUGCAGUGAUAUAACUGAAAAUUCACAGAUAUAUAUACUUUUAUUUCAACAACUAUGCACAAGGGCUAAUGUCUCUUAUUUCCUCAAGCCUUGUACAUAUUUUAUACAGAAUUAUGAUUCUGUUUCAGAAUUAAGAUUCAUAUUUAUAUCUCUGAGUGUUUCGUAUUUCCAUUUUUUCUUGAAGAAUGUUUUCAUCUUUUAUAAUCAGAAUCUCACGUAAAAAUGUGACUUCGUGCAUGACUUGUUUGAUAUUUUGGGUUGUGGUUUUUUCCAUUUCCUGUCUCUCUGACUGUAAGACCCUCUUUGUAAACUCUUCGUCUCGUUUCCUGUUGAACAAUCACGUGAGUAAGACCCUGAAUGUGUGCAGUGUGUUUUGCUUUAUGAUGUAUUAUUAUUACACUGGAAUUAAUUUUUUCGACUUCUCAAUUUGACAACUUCGAAAAUUUGUUAUAAGAGCUGUCCAGUUAAAUAAAGGAUCAUGUUGCAGUUUAUUUUUUAUUGUGGUCUGCUGAUCUGUGACCUUAAAUAAAUAAAUAAAUGAUUGUAAUUUAUCUGCCUGUACGUCACACAUCCUUUCCAGAUCACUGCUCUAUCUAACCUUUUUAAACUCAGACUCCUUUGAGCUUCUAGAACAUGUUUAAUGCAGGAUGAAGCCCAGAUGCCCCACAAACCAGAUGUCUGAACUGAACAGCAGCUGGUCUGUAAUUACUGAUCACAUAAUAACUGCCUUUUGUUCGUGAACGACUCGGUGUGUUUGUUCUCAGGCCUUCCUUUGUUAGUUGUGCCUGUAUGUUCAUCUGGAGAUCAGAAUGCAUUAAAUAUUUAAUCUAAAGCAUUUUAACUGAUGCAUGGGGACGGCUGUUAUGGCAACACGUUACUCAGCAACACGAUAGGAAACAUAAUUUGAAUUGUUUUCUGGAGGUUAGAAAUGCUCUGUGUGGUGGUUAUGCUUUUUUAUGCUAACAUGCAGCAGACAGUUUUAUUUCUGUGUGUCUUCACCUCAGUGGUGUGUUCUACUUGUAAAGUGAUAGUUUGAUGCGUGUGGGAAGAAGCAGUCCACACACCAUACACACUUUCACACACAAACCUUGUUCGUGUGUUCAGCCGAACAGCACAAACCGCAUUCACACACCAGUAGACUGCCCUACAUACAGCUAGCCACAGGUUCUAUUAUGAGUUGCAGUGAGACAGAGAUGCAUGAGACCCUGUGCACACAGAGGUUUUCUUUUGAGAACAUGCAUGCAAAAGUAAUGGCACGUUCAUUUGUGUCAAACCUUAUUUAUUACAAAUGAUUCCAAAACUUUUCCUGUUUGACUUUAGUCUGUAGCACUACAUCACACUGAGGUGAAGCUCCAUCUACACCUCACACACAGCAUUCUACAUCACAAUCUCCAACAAAUGAAAACAUGUGAAUGUGAACCUUGUCAGCAUCUUUUUACACCUUUUUAUUUCUUUCACACAUUUGGCCACUUGCUGCUCACCACUUCCUUUAGAGCUGUGACAGAAAUACUACUUGAAAAGAGGUUUGUGAUCUGGUGUGAUUUACCUGAAAGCCGCUUCCACACUGGAAAACCAGAUAAACCGCAAGCUCAAGAAGUAAAAAUAUCUUAGCUGCAAAGAUUAAUGAUAGAAUAAAAGGGGAUGGAAAGUUCAUUAAUAGGAGUAAACUUUGGUAGGGUCACCGAGGCGAACUGGAACAAUGAUUCUGACUGGGAAUUUGACUCCAUCCCAGGCCACACUGCUCACACAAACCUCUAAUUUUGUAAGCUAACCAUGGGCAUCAUUUUGGUUUAAAAAGUUCUGGGAUACAGAUGGGACUUUACAUGAUCCUACCCGUCACUGGCCUAUUGCAAUGUCUGCCUCUCUUGUUAUCGUGAACGUAACCUGAAUACAAAUGCACCCAAUUUCACAGGUUACUGGGACUGUGUAGGGCUUUAGAACUAAAACAUGAUUAAAUAAAUAAAUAAAUAAAUAAAUAAAUAGUAUAUAUUUCUGUCAAUUCAUGGCCAGCAGAUGCAGAACUCUGCAGAGAGAAAAUAUCAAGGUUUUCAAGGUGUGCAAUAGCUAUUUCUGAGAAACAAAAUUUUACAUGUUAUGAUCAUGCUAAUUUGCCAGAUUUUAAUACUGUGCAAAAUGUUUUCUUAAAACUUCAGCCAUUCCUUCUUUAGUCUUUAUUCUUCUUUGGAUCUCCUUAGCUUCCACAAAGUGGUCACUAGUUUUCAGGCCCAUAUAAAAAUAACAACAAUUUAAAAAAAAAACAUGCAAAAAUCACACAGUAUCAAUACAACAAGGAAAUGCAAUAUAAGCCAAAUAUAAAGAUCAGGAAAGAGAUGAAAUGACUCCAUCUUCAUACUAUAAAUAGGUAGUGUAACAGUAGGCUACAUUAAUACAUUAUUGUUUUAACUUAUUUUAUAGUGUACAGACAGAUGGUGCUAAUUAGCUUUGUCAUUGCUUGUCACACAGGCUACUGCACUACAUUCAUGGAUGGAUUAUACUUAUGCUAUUGUCGUCUGUUUUGCUGUUCAGUGUGUGAACUUUCUUGAGCUUUUGUGGCAUGACAGAGUUCUGGCAAAUCCAUCAUCUAAGUUUACUUUUUUUUUUUUUUAACUCAUUGAAACAUAUUGCCUUUGAUGUCAUAUGAUCUCUAGCCACACUCUUUGCUAUGCCUUCUUGGAGACGUAAGAUGUGCAAACUGUGUAGCCUAUGGGCUGCUGUCACACUGUUAUUAGCUACUUAGGUUGCCAUGCAAGGUAUGUUGUGUGGCCUGGUCCCUUACUGGUGGAAAUGUAGCUUAUUUUUUAGCAUUUAGCUGUGUCUGUAGCAAGAGCCUCUCUCUUCUUUAUUCUCUCAAUUUCUGCUUUGCCCUUCCUUUUCUUCCAACUGUCCAUCUCACCAGGUGACUUGUGCAAAAUAUUAUCAGUUACAGAAACAGGUAGACGGUCACUUUGUGCAUCGCUGAGAGGUGAUGACGAAAGGCAGGCUUGGGGAGUAACGGAAUACAUGUAACGGCGUUAAGUAAAAGGAUACAAAAAAAAAGUACCUGUAUUCCCCUACAGUUACAAAAAAUGAAGGCGUAUUCAGAUUACAGGUACAUUUAGUGAAAAUUGGGAUUACUUAGCAGGAUUACAAUUUGAAAACAUUUUACGUUAUUUAUUUCUUUUUAUUUCAAACUGGAGAUGGAGGGAAAGCGACAAACUAUCCUACAGACAUGCAUGCGCGCGCGCAGUUACACAGUUCACUUCACUUCGCUUCAUCGUCCUGGACCGGCAGCAUUGGCGUCAAAGUCAGUCUCUGUUGGCAUGACGUCUUCAACCAAGAAGAACGCAUUUAAUUCGUGGAAAUUACGACAUCACUUUAUUUUCAAAGAAGAUAAAGGGAACAACACCAUCGUGCAAUGCAAGCUCUGCAUUCCAGCUGUGAAACACUUGUCAUCGUCGAAGGAUUCUACUUCAAAUCUGAAAAAGCAUUUACAGAGGAAGCAUCCAAGACAUUUCAAUGAAGAAAGGGAAGACACCGUUCCACCUGAGAUGAGUGAUCAUGGACAAGAACAAGAGGUCUCGCAUCCUCCUUUCAAACAAGCAAAAUUUGGACUUGGAACCAGCACAUCUCAGAGUGCUGUUAGUAGACUGAUAUUUGAAUUUGUUAUUGAUGAUGUUCAGCCGUUCUCCUUGGUUGAGCAGCCUUCAUUCAAAAAACUCAUAGAGGGAAUCAGUGGUGGCAAAACAGUCAUGUGCAGAAAGACACUUGUGCAGCGUAUUGAGAGGGAAUUUGUUGCCAUGAAAGAAAACUUGACUGCAACACUUAAGAAAGUGGCACAUGUGUGUACAACGGCAGACUUGUGGACUGCACACAACAGAAGUUUUUUUGGUAUGACAUGCCACUGGAUUGAGGAGGAUACUCUUGAGCGGAGGUCAGCAGCACUGGCCUGUGUGCGAGUGAAGGGACGUCAUACUUUUGAUGUCCUUGCAGCAAAAAUCUGUGAAAUACAUGCAGACUUCAAAGUGCAACACAAAGUAAGGGCCACAGUAACAGACAAUGGGAGUAAUUUUGUUAAGGCUUUCCGCGAAUUCGAAGCAACUGAAGAGACAGCGCCAGACGACUGUGAUGAUGGAAUCAGGUUUUUGGAUAUGGAUGCGGUUCUGGAAAUGGAGGGAGAUGAAGAGCUUCAGUUUUUCCUCCCCCCUCAUCAACGGUGUGCAGCACACACACUCAACUUGAUUGCCACCAAUGAGGUGGACAAAGCAGCAUCAACAGGGCCAUCGCGGAGAGUGUAUCGAAGUGCAAUGGGAAAGUGUGCUUUUAUAUGGAACAAAGCACAUCGAUCAUCAGCAGCUGCAGAGGUAGUACAAGAUAUUGCCAGUAUGCGGGUUUCCGUUCCGUGUGCCACAAGGUGGAGCUCUGAGUAUAUGGCCAUUUCCAAACUGAUUGGCCUUACAGAAGAUCAGCUGGGGGACAUCUGCACAAGACUUGGAGGGACCAGGUUGAACCCUCAUGAAAUGACUUUUCUCAGAGAAUAUGUAGCUGUGUUACAGCCACUUGCUCAAUCCAUUGAUCUUCUACAGGGUGAGAAAAAAUGCUUUCUUGGGUUCCUCAUUCCUACAAUCUUAAGCCUCAAGUCUAAGCUCUCUGAGAAAUUGGCAAACGUGACCCUCACAGCACACAUUAUUACUGCAGUCAUUAAUGCAAUCGACAGUCGCUUUGGUGCCAUGCUGAGCAGCCAUGAGGCAAAAAUGGCAACGACCACCAUGCCAAAAUUUCGCUUGUGUUGGCUUCCUGCUGAGAAGAAAGAGAAUAUGUGCAAAACAUUGAUUCAGGAGGCAGCCUCUUUGGACACCAUAGAACCUCUUGCCGCUGCAGUCAACACAGUGUCUGACUCUGAUGGAUCAGAUGAGGAUUUUUUUGUCUUUGGGAAGACAAACAGUAGUGACAAGACCACAGCAGAGGAAGAGGUUCGGCGGUUCCUUGAUGAUCCUGCGAAGAGCUUGGAUUCCCUAAACGCAUUUCCUUUGGUUAAGCAACUCUUCAUGAAGUACAAUACUACACUACCUUCCAGCGCUCCAGUUGAACGUCUUUUCAGUUAUGGAGGAAAUGUACUUACCUCAUCUCGUAGUAGAAUGUCUGAUGACCACAUGGAGCAAGUCCUCCUUCUUCGUUACAACAGAAAGUUUUGCCCAAAGCUAGGUUUUGAUUGAAUGUAGGCCUACAGUUGCAGCUCUGCAAUAUUUCCAGUUUUUGAGUUUUACAAAUGGAAACCUGGCACACUGAAAUUGUACAAUGUUUGUGUUUUUUUAUUUUUUAUUUUAUUAUUAUCAUUAUUAUUAUUAUUGUUAUUGCAUUGCAUUUCUUUGUAGUCUUACAUUGUACUACAGUACAUUCAGUAAUAAUGCACAUUUGAGGUCCUGUACAUUUCAUUUUCCAGUGUGGACUUAAAAAAAAAAGGCAAAUGCACUUGUUUACAAAUUGUGUAAGUGCUUCUUCUUUGUUAAUAAACUGCACUAUGUGGUCAAGACGUGCCUUUUCAUUGUAGGAAUAUAUGAUGCUGCCCAAAUUAGCUUUCCUCAAUGUCUUUUUUUAAUGCACAAUAGUAAAUUAUUUUUGUUGAUGUGUAUUUUCUUGUUGUUAUAGGAUAUAAGACGCGCCCCCCUUUUCAGCUAAAUUUGUAAAAAGUGACAUACCCAAAUUUAAAGAAGCACAGCUCCCACAUAGUUGUAGAUUGUAGAUACAGACAUGUCCUUGGUACCAUUGGAAAGGUAACACUCAGGUUUAUUUCAGAAGUGGCUGGGUUUUACUGAUGUACUUGAACAGAGAUAUUGUGCUUAUAAGUGUACAAUACCCCCCCCCCCCGCGCCUAUGGUUUUUGACUAAUAUUAAUGGAGAUCUAUAAUUCCAGGAAGAUAUUAGUUCACUAUAAACAACAUGUGACCAGAGACACUAGUCUUACCGUUCUACAUUUGGAGACAAAAGAGCAAACCAUGAAUAUUUUACCAUUUUUUUCUUGGUAUGUUCAUGCUUUUUUGGGGGUACCCUUUACAGACUGAAAUAAGUGACAUUUGAAAUGAAACGCUUAUAACUUUAGAACCCCAUUGUCUAGAAACACAAUCUUGGCAAAGUCAGUCAGUAAAGACCGUCUCUGAUCUUGGUCUCUACUGAAAGGUAACAGCUUGGAGCUUUGCCCCAGAGAUUUGGGUUAAGUGGCGCAGCGUGUAUCCAUUUCAUAAUGGCGAUGUAAUAUGUAUUAGACACAUCCACAGGGUGGCACCUGUAACACACGUCAUACAGAGAUGAUGAAGGUAUUGUUGGCGUUGUACAUUGUAUUGUGCUUCGUGGUUGUGCUCAAAUGAAAGCUGACAGUUUAGACUUUCAAACGGUAUGCAGUUUCACCAUUAAAUGUUUUAUACAGGCCGCAAAACGUUUAUGUUACGUUUCGCUUCAAAAUGGCGCCGCACCUUUCCAUAUACGGCACAGCGAGUCUCAGCAGUAAUCCGAAAGUAAUCAAGUUACAUUACUUUAAUAUUAUGGUAAUUGGAUUACGUUACUGAAUACAUAUUUUAUGGGGUAACUAGUAACUUUACCAGAAUACAUUUCUAAAGUAACCCUCCCAACCCUGACGAAAGGCCACCAGCGUUUCCGUGUUGGGUCCUGGCUCUGUGUUGGACCUGAAAAGAGAAGUCCUGGGGAGACAAGAACUAGUGAGUAACACAAGCAUUUGUGUCUUUAGCAUCUGCCAUCCACUGGAGUGGGGUAUGGACAGUGACCAGGGUGAAAGGACAACCAGACAAAUAGUUCCUUAGCUUGGGCACGGCCCUUUUGAGGGCCAAGGCUGCUCUUUCCACAGCUGCACAGUUCUUCUCAGUGGGGAGUAGCUUAUGGCUGAUGUACAGCACAACAUGCUCUUUGCCCUCUAUGAUGUGUGAGAGCAUGGUAACCAGGCACGUCUCCGAGGCAUCCAUAUGGAUGAUGAAGAGGAGGUCAAAGUCUAGGUUUUGGAGAAGGAGGGCAGUGGUGAGGGCCUUCUUUAAGGCCCACAAUGCCUGCUCUGUUUGUUUAGUCCAUCUUAUCCUGUCCGAUUCCCCUUUCUUGGUCAGGUCUGAGGAGAGGCUAGAGAGGAGAAGUGAGGCAUGAAUCUCUGAAAAUAACCAGCUAACCCUAAGAAGGAAUGUAGCUGGUCCUUGGAGGUGGGUUGGGGGUACUUCUGCAUGACCUCUAUCUUUGGUCAGUCCCAGAUGGCACAUUCAGGGGGUUGCAGUGAGCCCAGCCUCUUGUAGCUCCCUGUGGCAGCAGGGGCGUGGCCAAGCAGCAGUCUGUGAAUGGAGAGUGGGGUCGGGGAAGGUAAGUGGCUAAGUCAUUCCACCUGCUGUCAAUUAUUGUGUGUGUGUGUGUGUGUGUGUGUGUGUGUUACAGGGAUGGAGCAUAAAAGGAGAGAGAACAGAGAAAGAAAGAAAGCUUAAAAAAGUGUGGGUGUGUAAACAUCAACUCUUGCCUGCCGUAAUUUUGUGCUCCACCCACAUCAGGAACUGUUACACUCCCCCAGGAUGGAUUUGAGAUGGUGCAGGUGGUAAGUCCAGGUGGAACAAUGGAUGAUGACAUCAUCCAGAUAGGCAGUGGUGAAGUCACGUUGUGGGCACAGGACAAUGUUCAUGAGAAGCUGGAAUGUUGCAGGCGCCCCAUGGCAGCCGAAGGGGAGGACCCGAUACUGCCAGUCACCUAAUGUGGUGGUGAAAGUAGUCUUUGGAUGGGCCCGGGGUAUCUGGGCCACCUGCCAGUAGCCCUUGGUGAGGUCAAGGGUUGAAAUGAAGUGGGCCCUCCUUAGCCUGUCAACCAGGUCAUCCACCCUGUGCAGGAGGUAGCUGUCAGAGUCCAACACUGCGUUGAGCUUGCCAUCACACUAUAUUAAUUUAUCACUGGUGUUAGGACUAGGACUGUUUUGGCCUCUAGAGGCCGCUGUUGUUUCCUUUUCAUGUCGUGUUUAUUUUGGCCUCUAGAGGCCGCCACUGUUCCUGUGUUUUGUGUUUGUGUUAAUUGCCUAAUUAUCUUCACCUGUGUCCUUAAUUAGUUUGUCUAUUUAUACCCCUGAGUUCAGUCCUCUUGUCACGGAGUCUUUGUGCUGUUAUGUUUAUCUCCAGUUUCCUUUGUACUGUGUUUU